UCUGAAUCUUCGGCUCAUUCCUCCUUAAGCAGGUUCACCCAUCUAUGCCAAAAUGGCUCAACUCCUGAACAGCAUACUCACUGUGAUCGAGGUGUUCGAGAGAAAUGCUAAAGAGAAUGGGGACAGUGCCUCACUGUGCAAGGAGGAGUUAAAGCAGCUACUCUUGACUGAGUUUGGAGACAUCCUCCGGAGACCAAAUGACCCAGAGACUGUGGAAACCAUUCUGAGCCUCUUGGAUCAAGACAAAAAUGGAUGUGUUGAUUUUCGUGAAUAUCUUUUGUUGGUGUUCCAAUUGACCUAAGGCUGUUAUCAUAAGCUGGGUAAUGUGUCAUGUGGAGAAAGAACCUCCCAGCAAGAAGGGGAGCAGGUUGGAACAGUAGACCAUAAGUUUCCAGGAAAUACAGACAGACAACACAGGCAGAGGCAUGAAGGAGAAAGGCAGGACUCCCACCGCAGUCAGACUGAGAGACAAAAUAUCUGCCAGGAUCAGGCUGAGAGACAAGAUAGGAACUCCCACUAUGGUCAAGCUGACAGACAAGAUAGGAACUCCCACUAUGGUCAGGCUGACAGACAAGAUAGGGACUCCUACUAUGGUCAGUCUGAGAGGCAGGAUCAGGAUUCCCACUAUGGUCAGACUGAGACACAAGAUAGGGACUCCUGCUAUGGUCAGUCUAAGAGACAAGAUCAGGACUCCCGCUAUGGUCAGACUGAGACACAAGAUAGGGACUCUUGCUAUGGUCAAAGAUUGAGUCAUAAAUCUAGCUGUGGCCAGCCUAUAAGACAAGGAUAUAUCUUUGCCUUAAAUAAAUAUGAGAAACAAGUUCAGGAUUCUCAUUAUGGCCAGUCUGAAAGAUUUGGACAACAAUUAAGCUGUGGCCAUUCUGGAAGAGUUAGAGAAGACUCUCAUUCUACCCAGACAAACCAACAAGAAUCAGGCUCUUAUUAUGGACAGUCUGGGAGGCUGGGCCAGGAAUCAGACUGUGGUCAGAGAAAUAGGCAAGAAUUGCAUUCUCAAUAUAGGCAAACAGACAAACAAGGCCAGAGUUUCCACUAUGGUCAGACAGACAGACAAGGCCAGAGUUCAUACUAUGGUCAGACAGACAGACAAGGUCAGAGUUCCCACUACGGUCAGACAGACAGACAAGGCCUGAGCUUUCAAUAUGAUCAGACAGACAGACAAGGCCAGAGUUAUCACUAUGGUCAGACAGACAGACGAGACCUGAGCUCUCAAUACGGCCAGACAGACAGACAAGGCCAGAGUUAUCCUUAUGGUCUGACAGGAAGACAAGGCCUGGGCUCUCAAUAUGGUCAGUCAGAGACUGGGGAAACUGGACACUUCCAAGGGAGCGAAGGAACAAGCAGAGACUCAUAUGUUGAGCAAUCAGGAAGGUCAAGACGACCAAGUCAACAGACUCAAGGACAGGAAGUAAACCUAAAUCAAGAACAGAGAUUCCAGUCCAGGGAAGGGCUGCAGAACAGCCACCAGGCUUGGGAGCCUGAGGAAGAUAGCCAACACCACCAACACAAACUUGUAGUACAAAUCCAGCAAGAAAGGCCACUCUGUCACAAAGGGAGGAACUGGCAAUCAGGCAGUAGUGAGCAGGGCCACAGACAGACCCAGACCAAACAGAGUCGUGGUGAGGAGCAGCGCCACCAGACAGAGGAAGAGCAGGGCCGCCGAAGCUGUGGUAGACAUGGUUGUGAGGGUCAGGAAAGUCCACAUGAGGUGCAGGACAGGCAAACCCAUGAAGAUGAGCUGAACCGUCAGAGACGAGACAGGCAAACCCAUGAAAACGAGCAGAACCGUCAGAGACGAGACAGGCAAACCCAUGAAGAUGAGCAGAACCAUCAGAGGCCAGACAGGCAAACCCAUGAAGACGAGCUGAACCGUCAGAGGCCAGACAGGCAAACCCAUGAAGACGAGCAGAACCGUCAGAGACGAGACAGGCAAACCCAUGGAGAUGUACAGAACUGUCAGCAACAAUGGGAUAGGCAAACCCAUGAGGAGAAAGAGAGGUAUCAAGGGUCCCAGCAUCAACAAUACUAUGGGACUCAGCAAGGCUGUUCUAACAGGGAAAAAUUCCGCAUGAGUGAGAAUGACCAGAGCCAAGGUUCCCAGGGAAGACACAGUGACCUGGCCUUCCAUCUACCCCAGAGCAGUGGGAGUUCCCAAAGAAGAGAACAGGGUAGAAGUCACCCUAACAAGGCAGCCUUUGCUCCCAACCCCCUCUAUGACUAUGUACAAGAGCAGAAAGCGCAAGGGCACUAAGCUGUGUGAGCACCAGAGCUAAAGCAACACGAAGCUGAGGAAGAAUCUGCAUGUCAAGUUCAUCCUUACUUCUGUUUAAGAGAUUGAAAAUGUAUGUUUUCCUUCUCUCCUCUAUCUAUUUGCAAGGAUACUUUUGAAGACUAGCAUUCACUUUUAGGGCAUUUCAGCUCUUUAAGCAGCCAUUCUAGGGUUUUCCAGCUGGGUGAAAUCUGAGUGGUAAAUUGGGUGAAAUAAUCAGAUCCCAAUUUUGAUUAAUUUGGGGGAUUUAAAGCAUUUCAUGGUUUUCCCUCUGUGUAGGUGGGACCUGGUUGGAUCAUUGAAGGUAGAAACUUCUCCCAAAAGUUCAGAAACAGGAAAGGUAGUCUGAAGAUAUACAUUAUAGCCCAAGGAGAAGCCACCUGGGCUUUGGCGAGCUUUGGCUCCUGUGGAUAAAACAUCAGGUAUUGCAAGCCUUAUAGUCUACACUAAAAUGAAGCACAGUGAGAGGCUGCUAGGAGAACCAGAGGCCACAAGAGGACAUCUUUGAUGCUGACAACACCUCCUGCGCUCAGGCUCCUAUUCCUCACUGGAGGAACUGUUCAAUGAGCUACUAUCACUAGAGCUGACUGGACCAAUUCCAGCUCAAUGCCUUUCUAGUUUCCGGUCACAUAAAACAGAGAGAAAGCGUAUGUCAUCUGUUUGCAGUUUCCAAGGGGCCAAAACUUUAAAUACAUAGCUCCUGGGACCUGAAAACCCUUCAACAAGAAAAUCUA